UCAGUCAGUCAGUCAGCUCGUGCACUGGAACACUGCGCGCGCGUGUGUGUGUUUGAGUGUGUGUGCAGCUGACCCCGCGCGCUCAAUGGACUAGAUUCCCAGCCACGUAAGUAAAAUAAAAUAAUGGUGGUGUCGGCUUGCUGAAACAAGGGACAGGCCAGGGGAGAAAGUCGGCCGUCCCUUCUGCCUUAGUGCAAAUAUUUGACGAAUUCCGCCGGAGUUUAAAAGGAAAGGAAGGCUGUUCGCGAGAACAUCCACUGCCAAGGCAUAACAAAAGAGGACUAGUUAUCUGGAUCAGGAACAUUUUCCCUUGCCAUAUUUGGAUGGAAAUUAUUUGCGCGGAGGCCCGCUUGAAUGAAAACGGAACGUCCUCUCAGGAUAUCUGAUCCCACCGGUAUUUUCUGCCAGCUGGCACUUUUUACGCAAUUGCAUUGAAUGCAAUUCAACGCGAAAAAAUCCGUUAUUUACCUGCCGCGCGCCCAUCUGCGCUACAUUGAAUGUGACGUUACAAAGUCUUUGCAUUGUAUCGCGCUUUACAAUGCGGAUCGCGUAACAAUCGCAAUAUAUAUUUAAAAAAAAAAGAAAAAAAGAAACGUUCAAAAUUCGUCUAUGCAUUGCAUGUAAGUUCAAAACUAAAUGACUGUUUUUGCAAUUAAUGCACAGAAAUAUUGCACAGCACCGGUGUAAGCAUUAACACCAAGGGGAAUCGCUCCUGCCUUCAUGCCUUUUGUUGUGUAAUGCACUUCGGACAGUGUUAAAUAGAGGGCAUCUGUGUGUCAUACACUUCCAAUCCCUGUCCGUCAGAUCCGUCUAUAAACCCCACUUGAUCUGAACGUACCUCAUUCUAUACUCAUGAACAUACAGAGAUCCAGUCCCAUUAACAUUUCGCGUUAUGGGCGAUCGCGGCACAAAGCACACGACUUUGAGGAACUCUCUUGCCUAAGGACUACAGAAUCGAGCCAGAGUUUUAGUCCCAAUUUAGGAUCCCCCAGCCCCCCGGAGACCCCCGACUCUUCUCACUGCAUCUCUUGCAUUGGAAAUUACCUUUUGUUGGAGCCCAUCGAGGGAGACCAUGUUUUUAGAGCCACCCACCUGCACAGUGGGGAAGAGCUCGUGUGCAAGGUGUUUGAUAUCAGUCGAUAUCAGGAGUCCUUGGCUGCUUACUUUGUGCUGGGCACCCAUGACCACAUUAACCAGAUUGUGGAGAUUCUUCUGGGCGAUAAGCGAGCAUACGUGUUCUUCGAGAGCAGCCAUGGCGACAUGCACUCUUUCGUUCGCACUUGCAAGAAGCUGCGAGAGGAAGAAGCUGCCAGACUCUUCCAUCAGAUAGCAUCCGUGGUGGCGCACUGCCACGACAACGGCCUGGUGCUCAGAGACCUGAAGCUGAGGAAGUUCGUCUUCAAGAAUGAGGAUAGGAGUCUUGUAAAGUUGGAAAGUUUGGAGGACACAUACCUUUUGGAAGGGGCGGAUGAUUCCCUCUCAGACAAACAUGGUUGUCCAGCCUAUGUAAGCCCGGAAAUCCUCAACGCAAAUGGCAGCUACUCGGGGAAGGCGGCAGAUGUGUGGAGCUUGGGUGUGAUGCUCUACACCAUCCUGGUGGGCCGCUAUCCUUUCCAUGAUGUGGAGCCCAGCUCGCUAUUCAGCAAGAUCCGCCGUGGCCAGUUCAGCAUCCCCGAGACGCUGACGCCCAAGGCGCGAUGCCUCAUCCGUAGCAUCCUGCGGCGAGAACCUACAGAACGCCUCACCUCUCGAGAGAUCCUGGACCACCCCUGGUUCUUAGCUUCCACCGGUACGUCGGCCACUGCCGCCCACGGGAGGGGAGAACGCGAGUUGGACCAAAUGGUACCAGAGGCCAACAUGGAAGAAGAACUAGAACAGUUCUUUAGCUGAGCACAAACUCGUCAGUCAUUUUGCCACGUCCUUUAGAGUUUAAAAAAAUACACUCAUUGCAAUGGUGUCUUGUAUUUCCCAUUCCAUGGAGAGACAUGGUCGUAUCCGGCUAAGGUGGUGUGGAACACCUACAGCUAGGAAUUCUGGACAAUGCUAACAGCGUUGAGUGAUGUAGCAAGACUUAUUUAGUUUUUUCCCCUGCUAAAACCAUGGCUUGAACCAGCCUGAGGUGGUCUCCCAGCCUUACCAAGAUGGCUUAAACUGGUCUUGCAUGUUUCCCAGCCUUGCUAAGCUGGUUUAAGAUGGUCGAGCUUAUAUCAUAGUCUAGCUAAGCUGGUUUAAGUUAGUCUAGCUGGUAUUCCAGCCUGGUCAAGCUGCUUUAAGCUAGUUUAGCUGGUCUCCCAGCCUGGCUUAGCUGGUUUGAGCUGGUCUAACUGGGCUCCUAGUCUGGAUAAGUUAUUCGAAAGUCAACUCUGGUCUCAGUCUGGCAAAGCUGGUUAAGAUGGUCUCCAAGUCUGGCUAAGCUGUUUUAGCUGGUUUCCCAGCCUGGCCAUGCUGGUGUUUAGAUGGUUGGCCAGCAGGUCUUCCAGUUGACAAGUGCCCACAACCGCUCUAAAACCAUUAACACCAGCUUGGCUUGCCUGGAAGACCAGCUAACCACCUUAGACUGGUUUAAGCUGUUUUUUUGUUUGUUUUUUUUUUCAGCAGGGUCCUCUUUUUUUAUUUUUUAUGUGGUGCUUAAAAGGCGUACAAGUCACAUUAAGCUACAAACAUGCAUUACAGCACAGGAGACCACAGCCAAGAAGAGAACAAACAAUAUAUCAGGCAAAACUGCAACAACCUUCCUGUUUCAAACUGAUUUGUCAAAGAAGAUAACCGUAUCUCCUUUAUCUUUUCCUCAAUGCAAUCUGUUGGCUGUGUCUGUAUUUUGAUUAUCUUUUUAUUUUAAGUAUUUUAUUAAACUUGUUUGCUCUUCGAUAACCCUCCAUUUCAGUACUGCAAAGACCUACAAAAUGCUAGCUGAAGAAUUAGCCUCUUAUCCCAAACUGUACUUUGUUCUUAUGUAAGGCUGCAUUAAGAGAACUAUUUGUGUUGCAUUAAGCUGUUUCUUUUUAUCGUAUAAUUGCUGCUUUUUUCACUCUAACCUGAACUGAAACUUUCUCCGCGAGCCUUCAAAAAAAUAAAAUAAAACGUUAAGCACUUGACUUGCCUAGUCUUAGAGAAUGGUCGAUUCCACCUCUCUGGACUAGUGUCUAUUUAAUUUUAGUUUUUCUUUUGCUGGAGGAAAAUGUAUCUUUUUAUUUAUAAUGUAACUACUAUAUUUAAAAAGAAAUACGUGCAGGGUUUUUUCUGUUUUCAUUUUCUUAGAGUUUAUUUCACCAAUAUUGUAGGCAAUACAUUUGACACAGGACAGGUUUGAUUUUUAUAUCAAAGGCUGUCCUAAGUUUAAAAGUUAACGAUCUAACGUCAAUGCAAGUAAUUUAGCGCCCCGAAACGUUCUUUUUCCUUUUUUAGUUUUUUUGCAUUUGACUCCAUAAAUAUUAGACUAUUUCUACGACUGCAUGGUCUCGAGUACCUCACGUUAACUCUACUGCCUGCAUAGGUCUGUGAAAUGAUCUUGUUCUGAAUGGGUACAUGUAGACAUGUUUCGUCGUAUAUCAAUGUUACUUGAAAUCGUGAUUUAUAUCUAGUAUAUGGCAUGUGCCCUUUGAAUGCUUUAGCCUGCCUAGCAAGAGGGGAGUUUCUUUUUUUUUUCUUCCUUAAAGAAGAAUCUUACAGAGGAUUGUUACAAUUUGCUAGGAGUCCAAUUGCGCUUUAGAAUUUAUUUUCUGUGUGAUUUUAUUUUCCUUUGGUCAUUGAGCUUUUUCCCCCUUCUGUAGAAUGAACUGCCUACCUAAGUUGCCACUGAUUAGGUGCUGAUGUUGAAGGAUUCUUUUCGUUCGUUGUUUUUUCCUUAUUUUUUUC